AUGGGUGCGCUUCUAAGCGUCGUUGUCCUUGUCUUCAUGGGCACUCUCUUCUCGUACGCCCGUGGCUCGUCCUCGAACAACCAGCCUAUCGUUCACUUCGACAAGAAGCCUGCGUUUUUGACGGUCAGGAAGAAGGAUGGCAGUGGGGAGACUGAGCAGGUCUCGAUAAAGGUUCUGCUGGAAACGAAGUGCAAAAGUCUGUUCAGCGAAUUCAACCCACUAUGGUGGCUACCCGAUGGCCAUACCCAAACACUUUAUUGUGUUUUUGGGAACUUUUCGAAAGUAGACCUCAUGUGGUACCAGCGCACACUGCUGCGAUUGUCCGACGGAGGUACAAUUGGCCUUGACUUUGCGCCAGCUGACCACAACAAGAAACUCAAGAACGACACACCAAUUGUGAUAAUCCAGCACGGUUUAACAGGAGGGUCCUACGAACCUUAUGUCAGAGCUAUCCUCAGCCGUGCCUGCGCACCCGUCGAGGAAGGUGGACUUGGCUAUCGUGCAGCCGUCAUCAACUUCCGCGGAUGUGCUGGCGUACCCAUUACCAGCCCGCUUUUGUAUUCUGCUGGACAUACGGAUGAUACCCGCCUGGCUUUGAGAUACAUCGCCCACAAAUACCCAGACGCACCUCUUCUUGCCAUCGGUUUCUCACUUGGAGCCAAUGUCAUAACCAGAUAUCUAGCCGAGGAAGGAGAGGACACCAAAAUACACGCAGCCUGUGCUCUCGCUUGUCCUUGGAAUCUAAAAGAAAAUAAUGACGGCCUUCUGAAUUCAUUUACGGGAAAACACAUCUACUCCAAAGGAAUGGGCUCAAACCUCCUGCGGCUCAUGAAAAAACACCUGCACUCACUCAUCCAGGACCCCAACCAUUACGUCGCAAAAGCCGCCGACCAGGCUCUCAAGCUGAAGAACCCGACCCUGAACGAUUUCGACGACACGUUCACGCGGAUCGCAGGUGGGCCCGCGCCGCACUUCCCCUUCCGCAACGCGGACGAAUACUACAUCUGGGGCUCGAGCCACAACGUCGUCGACCGCAUCCGCGUGCCCUUCCUCGCCAUCAACGCGGCUGACGACCCUGUCGUGCGCAAUGUCCCCAUGGACGGCGGUGGGAAUGGGUUGGUCGUUAUGGAGCUUACGACGGGCGGUGGCCAUUUGGGUUGGUUCCAAGCGGGCCCUGGUUAUAUUGACCGAUGGACUACGAAACCUGUUCUGGAAUGGCUGUCACUUAUGGGAGAAGAUGUCGUGCAUGACCCUAUUCGCAGAGGCGCCCUCAUAUACACGGAUGCUGAUGGGUUCCUGCGGGAGAAGGGCAAGGAGCACCUGGGUUGUAAAGAAAUCGAAGGGUCGGGCGCCUUGUUCGACGGUAACAACGGCGAAGACGGGGUGUUACAAGGAUUAUAA